GUGAGCGGUGACAGACAACCAUCGGUGAACCACCAAUCCAGCUGCAAGUGUGAAUUAUGGAAGAGAUAAAUAACAUUGAAGUCGUUCCGUGCACAGAUUCCGACUAUCUGAAACCGUUCAGGGUGCACUAUAAUCAGAAUGGCACAAAGAAAUCCUGGGACUUCAUGCGAACCCAUGACAGUGUAUCAGUGCUGAUCUUCAACACCACCUCACACUGUUUUGUCCUUGUCAAGCAGUUCCGUCCAGCCGUAUACAUGUGUGAGUGGGAAAGGACCAAGACGCAGCCGCCUCAGUCUGCUGAAAAAACCGAGGAGGGCGCCGCCGCCCCCGCCCCUGAGGCUCAGGAGGGCCAGUCGGGCUCAGAGGGGGACAGCUCUUCUCAGUGGCCCCCGGCCUCAGCGGGGGUCACCUACGAGCUCUGCGCCGGGCUGGUGGACAAGCCUGACCUCUCCCUGGAGGAGAUCGCCCGGCAGGAGGUGCUGGAGGAGUGUGGCUACGAUGUUCCUGCCUCUAAACUGAAGAGGAUUACUUCUUACAGGUCAGGUGUAGGCGUAACAGGUGCCAAGCAGACCAUGUUUUACGCCGAGGUGUCCGACGACAACUGCGUGAGCGCCGGUGGAGGUGAGCCACGGGAGGGAGAGCUCAUCGAGGUGGUCAAAGUCCCGCUGCACGAGGCCAUGACGUUUGCCUACGACGAGCGUAUACCCAAAACCAUGGGCGUCAUUUUUAGUUUCAUCUGGUUCCAUAAUAACAUGUCUCCCAAGUACAAGAUCUCCACCAAUGUGUAACUAGUAUUAACCAACCCUCUUUAUACUGUUUGUUCCAAAUUAAAUCAAGCACUGGCCCAGCACACCACCCACUCUUCCCCUCAUGGCUCUUCAUCCUGUAUUGCCUUUUUGCUUAUUGGUACAUGAUGAAAGGUGGGCCCCUUGUCUUGUUGCCAACAGGUAUCUUUAAGUUUUGUCCUGUUUACCUUUUAUGUAGUCUUAAUAUUUUUCCUCAAAACAAA